CAACUUGUGGUCUGUUCAGUUCAGUUAAGGUUGGCUAUUAUUACUCUCAGUUCCAACGUCCUUAGCACCUCAAUGGAGUUUAAUGGAGACCCCUCUAUGAAACAUGGUCUUCGUUAUCAUUCAUAACAAGAGGCCAUGGAAAGACAGAAAUGGAAAACAAUGUUUCAGAACUUGCUGGAACUGUCAAGCGCUGUUCUUUACUGCUUCCAUUUGUUCCUCCAUGUCUUUACUACAAUCUUCCUUCUUUACAUAACAUUCUGGACAGAGUAUUGGCCUAUUGUUGCAAUUGCAGCCUGCUGGAUGUUUUAUGACAACAAGACACCAAACAGAGGUGGCAGGCAAGUAAAUGCUGUGAAAAGGUUCCCUAUAUGGAAGUACUUUAAUGAUUACUUCCCAAUAAGACUGAUCAAAACUGCAGACUUGGAUCCAAGAAAGAACUACAUCUUCUGCACUCAUCCACAUGGAGUGGUAUGUACGAGCAGUAUUGCCCACUUCAUCUUGGGAUAUUCCAAAGCAUCUGAAUUGUUUCCAGGGCUCAAGUUUCACACUGCCACCCUCAACAUCAACUUCUACUUUCCGUUACUCAGGGAUUAUGUGUUAGCUUUAGGAUUUGUGUCGGCUUCCAUAGAUAGCUUGAUGUUCUUGCUAAGGAACAAUGAAGGAGGUAACGUGAUCAAUUUGAUGAUAGGUGGCAGCUCCGAGGCUUGCUACACUCAACCAGGAGAUUACAGGAUCAUACUCAACAAGAGGAAGGGAUUCAUCAAGAUAGCCCUCACAACUGGGUGUAGCUUGGUACCUGUAUUCUGUUUUGGUGAGAACGAUCCUUUGCAGCUGAUGUUUCCCAAAACUGACAGCAUUUUGGGCAGCUUACAGGAUUGGUUCAGAAGGCUGACCAGAGUAUCCUUGUGCUUCCCUGUCGGCAGAUCCUGGCUCUUAACCUGUGUGCCCAAGAGGACACCGAUGGUGACGGUUGUUGGUGAACCUAUAGACAUUCCCAAGAUUACUGAGCCAAGUGAAAAAGAUAUUGAAUAUUAUCAUUCCUUAUAUAAGGAAGCACUGACGAGGCUAUUUGAAGAGAACAGACAUCAAUAUGUCUCUUAUCCUAGUGAUACCAAACUCAUCAUUGUUGGAUGACCGUAAAAUUGUUGGAUGAUGGUAUGAUGGAAACAUUACCUGAACGUAUCUCCUUAUCUGUACAUACAUGAAGGAAGAAGAAUUGAAAUGGUCUCAUAAAAAAACAGAAUAAUGUUGUUACAUGAGGCAUUUUAUCACAAGAUUACUGAUAUUUAAUUAGGCUCAGUCUAAUAGGCUGCUAAUUUUUCAAAUAAAUGUUUUUAAUAU